UGGGCAGUGAUUUAGGUUAGCUUUGAAUUUUAUGCUCAUUUGUUGGAUACUAGUGGUAUUCGAUCUGGGUAUGGCGUCAUAUUGAGGGGAAGUGUAAUGAUUUUGUUCAGAUUGAUCGUUUGAUACGGCUCUGGGCUUUAGUUUGGAACUUUAGAGAAUAAGAGUUUGAAUGACAAGGUUCUGGAGAUUCUUGAAGAUCUUUGACAAGGUGAAUGUGACUUCUGCUUUCUGACUGGGUGGAGUGUGAAGAUCUGAGGUCUAACAAGUGAAGAUGCCUGCUUUCUCUCGUAUCAGGAGUUUCAGAUGUUGUGAAUUGGGAAGUUGUGGGGGUUUAAUAUGCAUUUUACUGUAGAGGAUUAUCCAGCUGCGGAAAGCUUUUUCGUUCAAGAGCUACAUCCUUUGACAGUGUUAUAUUGCUGGGGCUCGGAAGGGGCUUCGGAUCUGUAAAUGGUGAAUGAUUGAACUCUCUGCUUCUCAGACACUCCGCUGCAUUUUCUUUAUACUUUUCAAGGUGGAGUGACUGAGUGAUGUCUUGUUAAGAUGAUUGAUCAGUUCAUCAAUUUUGUGAUUCGGCCUCCAAGGGCUGAGUAUAAUCCAAACCAGUAUUUGUGGGAAAAUGACUUCACUCUUGCAGGCAGAAAAUACAAGAGACUGGACUUGGAGGCAACUCAGGAAUGGAAGGGGACAUGCCUUGCAGUGCAGUCAUUAUGUGCCUUCUCCUUUUCCCGAUGACGCUACUCUUCCAUGUGUUAUUUACUGUCAUGGCAACAGUGGAUGUCGAGCAGAUGCAAAUGAGGCUGCUGUGGUCCUGCUUCCCUCAAAUAUUACUGUCUUCACUCUCGAUUUUUCGGGUUCAGGUUUAUCUGAUGGCGAUUAUGUCAGCCUUGGUUGGCAUGAGAAAGAUGACCUUAAAAUUGUGGUGUCCUACCUUCGAAGCAACAAACAAAUUUCAUGCAUUGGCCUUUGGGGACGUUCAAUGGGUGCAGUCACAAGCCUUCUUUAUGGAGCAGAAGACCCUUCUAUUGCAGGGAUGGUGUUGGAUAGUGCCUUCUCAAACUUAUUUGAUCUGAUGAUGGAACUAGUAGAUGUUUACAAAAUCCGGCUUCCUAAAUUCACAGUUAAAAUGGCUGUCCAGUACAUGCGACGUGUCAUUCAGAAGAAAGCCAAGUUUGAUAUUAUGAACCUUAAUUGUAUACAGGUUGCCCCCAAAACUUACAUAGCUGCUUUAUUUGGACAUGCAAUGGGGGAUAUUUUCAUUCAACCACACCACUCAGAUCUAAUCUUCAAAUCUUACGCGGGAGAUAAAAAUAUUAUUAAAUUUGAUGGUGACCACAACUCUCCACGACCACAAUUUUAUUAUGAUUCGGUGUCCAUUUUCUUCUACAAUGUUCUUCACCCACCUCAAGUUUCUUCUGCAAUUUCAAGUAACUUUGAUAAGUAUUACAAUUUGGGGGACUUGAAGGUUGAUGCUGGUAUGGAUGAGCGCCUCUUAUGUGAAAUAAUAACGGGUCUUCCUAAUGCUGGUACUGAUGCUGCAAGCUCAUCAUCUGCUCCACCUUGCUUUUCGACUACAAAAUCCAUAGGCGAAUUUCUAUCUGAACUCCCACCAGUUCCAGAUGUCUUGGAUUCCCUUCUGGACGAAGAUAAUAAUGCUAAUGAUUUGGACAAGGCAAAAGAUGAUGAGCAGCUACAUUUGCAGGAUAAGACAGAUGGGCAGAAUGAGGAAUGCUGCUCGUAUUCGAGCUCCAAUCGUGAGAGUUGGGGAAGAUGCUCUUCUCUAGGAGGCAGUGAAGAAGGUUCUCCUGCAGAUUGUACAAGUACUAACAACAAACAUCAGAUGACCUUGAAGGCACUUGCGACACCUUUGAGAAGAAUACAACACAAGUCAUCAGAUUCUGUGAAGGAGAAGAAGAAAGCUCCGGUUGGUCCAAAGAAGCCAAAGCGUGAGAAGUUGGAGAAGUUAGAGUCCUUAAGCCAGCGUAUACGCCUUUGCAUUCUGAAGCGGGUGAACCAUCGAAGACAUCGUUCUUCAUGACCAACUCUUACCAUAUAAUGUGUUUUAACUGUAAUUCUUUCUCAUUUUUCAUCUGUUGAUGUUUCAUAUCUUCUGGUCUCCUUGUACCCCCCCCCCCCCCUCUUUAUGUUUUAUUGUUCUUGUAGGAAACAAGAGUGGUCUAUAUUUUAUGAGGAAUUUGAGGGGGACGUACCCUUACCGUUGUUGUA